AUGAUGAAAAUCCACGCGUUUGUGCUUACCCUUGUGGUGCUCGUAUUGGCUGUUGGCGUUGCAAAAGCAGAUACCAAAUGGCCAAAUGCCCCUUAUGGUUCAAUUGUGGCUGUGGCGAAUCUCUCUCCUGUAGACAAGAGCUUGAUAGUCCGGGGAUCCGUGGCCAUGGUCUGGCCUCGGCCCGGUCAGGGACCUGCUAACGUCACGGUCAAUAUGACCGGGGCCCUGAGCCAGAUGACGAUGGCGCACAUUCACUUGGUUUGGCACAUUGCCAGGCAUUGCCGUCAAUUUGGCCUUGGCCUUGCUCCCCAUCCUAUGCGUCUGACUCAGCCACGACUCGGUCUAUUGCCUCAUUUAAUCCUCAAUCCUUUCAUCUACACCUCUAUGCAAUGCAGUAAUAGUAUUAUCCAUAACGCCACCGGCAAACCCAUUCGUCUGGAUCUGCUGCCCGUACUCAACGGCACCAGGCCCAUGCCGCUCAACCCGCCUCUGAGCUUCCGCGGCAUCAUCAGCUUCACUGCGCCGCUCACCACGGAGCGAGUCGCGGCUUGGGACCCCGACAACAACCACAUGAACUUCAUCGAGGCGCUGCAGCAGGGCCUGCUGUACGUGAAUGUGCACUCCGUAGGUUUCCCAGCUGGGGCACUGCAGGGCAAGCUGCUGUGCAAGGACCCCUGCAUGUUCUCCAUUGGCGGUGGCGUCGUGAACCCAGGCGGUCAUUGAGGUGGAUUGGAAGGGGGAUCACCGCUUCUUUCCGCAAGACAAGAGAGGCCUCUCACGCCUCCCAAGGAGGGAGGAGGCUGCUUUUCUGCUGCAAAGGGGAGAUAUGGGGCGGCUCAGUCGAUUGGGUUGCUACCACUACGCCCCUUAUUGGAUGAAUAAGGUCCCAGGCCAUGCACUGGGUCGUGCCGUGUAGCCGGACGGCUUCCCAGGACUGGAUGGGGACCGCCACCCUAAG